AUGAAAGAUCUAGGCAAUCUUAGGUACUUCCUCGGCCUAGAAGUUGAUAGAACUGCUCAAGGGAUAUUUCUCUCUCAAAGAAAAUAUCUUCAUGAUGUGCUCUCUACUUACAACAUGACUCAUUGCAAACCCUUGAAGCUACCUAUGGAUACUCACCUGAAACUAACUGCUGAUAUUGGAGACCCCUUAACUGACCCUUCUCCUUAUCAACAAUUAGUGGGCAAGUUAAUUUACCUUACCCUCACCAAACCAGAUAUAGCCUUUCCCAUUCAUGUUCUAAGCCAAUUUAUGCACAAGCCUACCAUAGUCCACUUUCAGGCUGCUAAGCGCAUCCUAAGAUACCUCUCAGGGUCCUCACAUCAGGGGAUACUUCUUGCUUCCUCCUCUGCUGCUAAGCUCUUUGCAUACUGUGAUAGUGAUUGGGCUGGUUGCCCCAACACUAGAAGAUCCACCUCUGGCUUUUGUAUCCUUCUAGGCCAGUCCCCUAUCUCUUGGAAGAGUAAACGCCAAUCAGUAGUGGCUACAUCUACUGCAGAGGCAGAAUACAGAUCAAUGGCCUUCACUGUCUAUGAGGUCAUGUGGCUUAAGCAGCUCCUCAAAGAUCUUGGCCUUACAAACAUGGGAGGCACUCCACUUUACUGCGACAAUCAGGCAGCAAUGGCUAUCUCUGCAAAUCUAGUGCAUCAUGAAAAGACAAAGCACGUGGAUAUUGACUGCCAUUUUCUCAGAGACAAGGCACAAGAGGGUGUUAUCACUCCUACUUACAUUCCAUCCACCCAGCAACUAGCUGACAUUCUCACCAAGCAACUUCCUUCAUCUCAACAUCACCUGCUAUUGCGCAAGCUGGGAGUGUGCUCCUCCCCACUCUCAGCUUGA